CCCGCUUCGUCUCCAUCCUCACCACCACCACCACCACCACCUUCACCACCACCGGCACGAGACCAACAAGAGACCCACAACCCAACACGUCCGAACAAGAGAGCAGAGCAACCACCACACACCGCCACCAGAGUCAACAAAAUGAGGGACUGGGACGCGAUAGGCCUAAGCGACGAGUACGAUGAGGGGGGCUUCAUGAUGGGGGACGGGGCUUUAGCGGCAGCGGCGGCGGAGAGAGCCCGAUUCUUUGUUUACGCCUACAACACCUCGACCCUUGUGACGACGGCUGGCCUGGCACUCGGUAUCUUCUUCCUGGUGACGGCCAUCGCCCUCUACGCCUACUACUACUCCACCGCCGACGAAUUCAAGAACAAAGAUCGAGGCGGCUGGCAGCGUGACGAAGACAACGCUAUCCCGGACACGUCUCGGCUGGCGGCUGGCGUGUUGGGGCUACUCGAGCAGGCGUGGGCAGGCUACGGCGUGGAGGAGCAGGCGUGUAGGAGGCGUGUGUCCUGCGAAGCUUCCCUGUGGGCUUCCCAAGGGGUUAAUAUGCCCUCCGCUGUACUGCUGUCUGGCCUUAUUGGACAAGUGACGUACGAGGACGUGGUUGAAGCUGGUGGCAACGCGGUCACGGACAUGUACGAGCUCCGUCAGGCAGCGGAACGAGGCGGGAGGAACAAGGACUGCCAGGCUUACGAGCACGACUGUCCCCACGUGACCAUUGCAAGCCUCCCGAAGAUAGUGUAGCCGGAACAAUGAUGGACUGACUGACAAGUGUAAGACAAAACCCCCUUAACAAAACCCCAUGACACAAAUCCCCCCUUAGGACAAAACCCCUUGGGACUAGUUUUUCGUCCUGACAAAACGCGAAUGACGGGAAAAAAUAAUCCCUUAUGCUAACAUCACCUCUUUCAUUCUUAUUAUAUGACUUGCCCUCCCCAGUAAUCCCAGACCUAACGAGUCAUAUUUCUUUUGGAGGAUUACUCAGACAAGACAAGAUUGCGCCACUAUAAACACUCGCCUGCGUCAGAACGGGCUGGGCCGACCAUCAGGCCCUACCGCGAAGAAAACUUGGGCCGACCAUCAGGCCCCACCGGGAAGAAGCCUACCGGUGCAAUAGGCCGCAACAUCUCAAAAAAAAAAAAAAAAAAAAAAAAAAAAGACAAAACAAUGGAGAGAACCAAUACAAGGAAAUACUAUCUUAUUUUUCAUGAUUACUUCAGUAUUAAAUAAAUUGCAUUAUAUUAUUUUUCUUUUAAUUAUAACGUUAUUACAUGUUAUUAAAGACUGAAAAAAGAAAAAAAUAUAUAACUAAAGGGGAUUUGUCCUAUUUUGCACUUUCCGAGAGAAUUUUGUCUUUUUUAGGGUUUUUUGUCUGCACCCUGA